AUGAAUAUUUGCAACUACGAGAGCGACGAUAGUGAUGACUACUCGAUUCACUUGGGCGUAUCAUCCAUUCCAAGCUGUGACGUGAACAAUGCGACAGUUCCUGUAAUGGCGUCGCUUGUGGUAGCGGACGAGUGUACGGCCGACCAUUGCGCUGCCACCGUGAACUUUGAAUCGUCUCUAGAUUGGGCUAUUGCAUUGCAAAGUAAUGGAGUCAGCAAUACAUUAACAGCACAGUUGACGUCUGGUGGUAAUACGGACGUUGUUCAUGUUGCCACGUUUCAGCCGAUGGCAGCUGCUGUCAUGAGUAGCGGUACGGCAAACAUCUCGGUGUGCGCUACGGAUGUCGACGUCACUGGCUUGAGGUUCUCGAGCGUGGAUAGCUGCAAUACGGCACAAAUUUGCAGAGGAUCAAGCAUGGACACGACGUGCACGACGGGGUUGAUGAACAAUGCAUAUGUUCGAAACGUUAGCUGCAGUGGAGAAAGCUGUAAGGGCAAAGUGAUGUUGAGUGAACCACUUCCCUGUGACGGGAGUACUGGAAUUGCUACGAACUUGAUUAUGGGCAUGAAGGUGGCAAACAGCACGCAGUCAAAUUUCGUGAGCGUGGGAAGUAUGACGGCCCCGACUUUUAAUAUCUCCGAUGCCAGCGGGUUCGAUAUUGGAAGUUCAGAGUUGGUUCUGACAACGAAUACCUUUUGUGUGAACUCGGGCAUAUCACUCAACCUGUCAUUUGCAGAUGGAAGCGUCUACGGUUCGAGUGAAACGAUGGUCGAAGUGGGCAAAGUGAGCAAAGUGAACUCGACCACGAACGGAACAGUGAUUGUGGAGCUCGCGUCGCCGUUGAGUGGUGAACUUGUGGAUGAUAAAAUUGAGGUAUCAUUAUCGCAGUGUGGUGUAUCAGCCACGGGGUUGUUUUCCGUUGGAAUGGGCUCCAGCGGCUCGUCUUCGGCGUUGAACGGGUCAACGGAAGUCUCGAACGUAGAUGCUGGGUUGACAGACUCAACUGGAUCGGUCUCUACACAAGAGGCAAACUCCUCUACAGGACUUUCCAAUAGCAUUAUUGUGGGCUCCGUGAUUGCUGGCGUGGCUCUUGCCGGCUUCAUAUUUGAGUAUGUUUAUCACAAGAGAAGGCAACCGAUGCCGAUGGCGCAAGACUCACCUGUCGUAACGCCUGUGUAA